AAGUGUUGUCGCUACAGCAUCAUGGCGGCGGCGGUACAGGCUUGAAAAGAGAUACAGCUGUAAUUGUCGUAAUUUUUAACUUUUAACUGUCCAACUAAAAUUAAAAUCACACCAGCCUGCUGGAGAAUUUUUUUUUAGAGGAGCUGGAGAUUGAUGAGAAGUUCCGAGCUUUCGGUCUGCUGCUCGCUUUGUUGCUCGGUUUGCUAAAGAGUUUUGAGAUGUGCUCCCAGACCAAAGCGGCGGCUCUCAUGGCCAACAUUCCACGGGUAGACAUCGAUCCCUCUGGGGUUUUUAAAUAUGUGCUGAUCCGGGUUCAUAGCCGAGAGGAGGGAGACGACGCGGAGAUAGAUAUAGUCCGAGGAUACGCCUGGGCUGAGUAUCACGCUGAUAUCUACGACAAGGUUUCAGAGGAGCUGGAAAAAGGUGGAAUACUGGACUGCGAGUGUGUCGGAGGAGGCAGGAUAAAACAUGAUCCAGGUGCCAAGAAGAUCCAUGUGUACGGUUACUCAAUUGGAUUUGGAAGAGCAAACCAUGCGGUGACCACAGAGAAACUGAAGGAUCAAUACCCAGACUAUGAGGUGACCUGGGAUAAUGAAGGCUACUAAGCUAAGCAG